UCUCUCGACUUUCAUGAAACUUAAAACUUCUUCUAUUCAGAUUCGCACUGAAAUUUGUCGGAAAAAACCAAAGCAGAUAAUGAGCUGAUCGGAAAACCGCUUUCCAAAUUCAAUUACACCGUGGUUUCCAAUUUCUGUCCUAGGUUUUCAAAGUCGUAUAUCCUCAGAGGCUAUGGAGAUGGAGAUGGAGCUGUGCGAUGGUGGACAAACUAAUGCGAACGCGCAUGUUUUCGUUUCCCAAUAUUCUACUCCUCCUGCGUAUAAUAGGACUGGUCUUAUGCCUGUUUAUGGAAAUUCUACCAUUGGAUUAGAAAACGGGAUCGAAAGGAGACAGGAUCAUGAACAGCUACCUGGUUAUAUCUUUAUGUGUAAUGGGAGAACAAAAUCUGAUUGCUUUCGUUACCGUGUUUUCGGUAUUCCAAGAGCGGGAAAAAACAUAGUUGAGAGUAUAAAACCAGGCAUGAAGCUUUUCCUCUAUGACUUUGAGAAGAGACUUCUUUAUGGUGUAUAUGAAGCUACUAUUGGUGGCAAGUUGGAUAUAGAACCAGAAGCUUUUGAAAAGAAAUAUCCAGCUCAGGUUGGAUUUAGAAUUAUCAAGAACUGUUAUCCCUUGCCAGAAAACACUUUCAAGUCUGCUAUCUAUGAAAAUUACAAAGGCGGCAAGUUUAAGCAAGAACUUGCUCCUCACCAAGUUAUGUCUCUGUUGUCAUUAUUUCGUUCAUUCACUGCUCCAGAACUCGAUGCAUUACCUCAGAGAUUGGCUUCCAUAGCCUCAGCACCCAGAGCGCUGUCUUUUGAGGAACGGUUCAUAGCUGCUACACAACUUAGAAAUCCGUCGUCAGUUUUAGAUCCUAUGUCUGCUCGUCAUGCAGAUCCACGACAUGGCUCUCUUAUGGCUCAUCAGUCUGUUCCCCACACACCUCUGCUCCAUCAUAAUUACUCCAGACAAGACGACUACACAACCCCAGUGAGAGAAGCACUAAGUCUGUCAAAAUUGAGUGAGCCUUAUCUUCCUACAGAAAGUCGGCAGCAACGGUUGCUCGGAGACCCUUCCCGCUCAUCUAUACAAGACCCCCAACUCAAAUACCUAACCAUUUUAUCUAAUAUCCGGAGAUAUGGAACUGCCCCAGAGCGCUUGGCCCAAGAAAAUGAAUAUUUUCCGGCAACGUCAUCAGAGAAGGACCAGUUUGCUUCACCUUAUUCUGAUAAUAAGUAUUACCCUUCAGCGCUAUCUGGGAAUGAGCAUUCUUCUUUAUCUGAUGGUAGUGUGUAUAAAAGUGAGUUCUACACUUCAGCAUCACAAAAGGAAGGGGAAUCUAGUCAGCAGCGUGAGAUCCCUGCUGGGACCUUCUAUCGCCUAGAAGCAUCUACAGUUCCAAAUACUACAGUGUCCAUGCAAUCAGAUAUGCAGGCACUUAGUGUUGCUCAAUCUCAUAUUGACACAGCCGGCUAUACUACAUCGGCACAUGGUGCAACCCCACAACCUGCUGCUGGGACAAUUGGUUUCACAAACCAACCUCAAUCUGUAGCGGGUAAUUAUACCACGCAUUCACAGCCUGGGAGUGUGGAAGAAAGUACACAAUCAUAUGCUGGAACAAUUAGUUACCCACAACAGCAACAGUAUGCAGCUAUGGGGCUUACUACUCAACUCUAUGCUGGUGGACCUGGUUAUAUUCAACAACCCCAUGAAAAUGGGUACGCUCAGCAACCCCAUGCCACAGCAACUGAGUACGCUCGGCAACACCAUGCUGCAGCAACUGGAUACGCUCUGCAACCCCAAGAUGCAGCAAGUGGAUACGCUCAGCAACCCCAAGCUGCGGUAACUGGGUACGCUCAGCAACCCCAUGAUGCAGCAUCUGGGUACUCUCUGCAACCCCAUGCUGCAGCAACUGGGUACGCUCUACAGCCCCAUGCUCAAGCUGUUGGAUACACAACACAACCACAUGCUCAAGCUGUUGGAUACACAACACAACCACAUGCUCAAGCUGUUGGAUACACACCACAAUACUGUGUUCAAGCUGGUGCAUACACUCAACAAGCUUUAACGCAAGGUUCUAUACCAGGGGCUCCCGGGACAACCGAUUGGAAUGCUGCAAACCAGGCAUAUCUUGCAACAAGAGAUUGGAAUACAGUGAAUCAGUCUUAUUACCCUCACACAGCGGAUACAACCACAACCUAUAAUCAAACAUCUUAAAACUAUUGAAGCGAAGUGUUGGCAAUCUGGCACCUAUAAGAGAAACUUGUGCGUGGUGGGGAAGCAUGGAGUCAAACUGGUGCACUCACUGGAAAAAAGGGGCAAUGUAGGUAGAGUCUCCAGCUCGUUGUUUGCUGUAAGUUAUUAGACCUUUACAUAUAAAGUUUUAUUUUCUGCGCUAAGCAUGAGGAAAUUCAGGAGGACCAUCAAAACUUCUUCAAGUCCCGUUUCAGAAUUGCAAUUUUUCUGAUUGGGAUUUAAAAUGAAUAAAACAUAUUAUAACUCUUCGAUCAAAAGCUCUCCGAAAACAUUUAUUUUGAGUA